AUGUUAUACUUCGUCUUCAUUCUUCUUGUCACCCUAUUUAAUUUGCACACAUCGAUCGAUGCUCGAUCGGUUAAGCAAGAUGUUGUUCAUCAAAUUGUAAACGGUCCAAUCAAUAGUGAUAAAGAUCAUUCUAUCGAUCUUGCAAAUUUUCGUCACCGUGUUAAACAUUCGCCCAAUCUCAACACAUUUCGAUGGGCACUUAAACAUCAAUAUGAUGCUGCAACUUAUUGUGAAGCUUGCAAUCUACUCGUGCCAGUAACUCGUUUAAUUAUCGAGAACAAUCAAACCGAACAAUUUAGACAUUUGGCACUUAACCUUUGUAAAGAAUUUGGCUUGCUUGAUAUCGAUGUUUGCGUCGGCGCUAUAUACGAAUACUGGGAGUGUGUGAUAGAAGUUAUUGGUGCAUCUUCACUCACUAGUAGAGAAUUGUGUGCACUUGCUCUUGAUUGUGAGAAUCAAUCAGAUUUUCCUAAAUUGAACUGGAAUAUCACUGUGCCCGGUCGAAAACCACCUCCACGUCCACCGCAACCUCCUUCGCCUGAAUCGCCGAAAUUGACUGUCCUUCAUUUGUCUGAUAUUCAUGUCGAUUUUGGAUACAAACCCGGAUCUCAAGCGGAAUGUUUUCAACCUGUUUGCUGUCGAUUUGGUCAGCCUCUUCCUAGUGAGACGGGUGCCGGUUUCUGGGGCGACUAUCGUGGUUGUGAUUUACCCUAUUGGACGGCUGAAGCUAUGUUUCAGCAUAUCGCAGCAGUAGAAAAUAAUAUUGAUUUCGUCUAUUAUACUGGAGAUUUGCCACCUCAUAAUGUGUGGAAUCAGUCUCGUGCUGAUCAAAUCUACACGAUUAAUACCAUGAAUGACUUGUUAGCCAAAAUUUUUCCAAACAAAACUUUCUAUUCGACAGUUGGUAAUCAUGAAGCAGCACCCUCAGAACUUUUUCCAACGCCGAUGAUUCCAGGAGAAAAUAUUUCCUGGUUGUACGAAGUAUUGGCAAGUAGUUGGAUUAAACUUGGUUUACCUAUUAACACACGUGACAGUAUAUUGCAUGGAGCUUUCUAUACAACAGUGAUACGUUCCGGUCUACGCCUGAUUUCGCUCAAUAUGAAUUAUUGUUCACCACAAAACUUUUGGUUAUUGAUCAAUGCGACCGAUCCACUUGAUCAACUUCAGUGGUUGGUGCAAUGGUUGCAAUAUGCUGAAGAUCAUGAAGAAAAAGUUCAUAUUAUUGGACAUCAUCCACCUCGUUUUUGUCUAGCAGCUUUUAGUUGGAAUUUUAAUCGAAUCGUCAAUCGAUAUGAGAAUACAAUCGCCGGUCAAUUCUAUGGUCAUACACAUUAUGAUGAGUUUAAUAUGUUCUACGACGAAGUCGAUUCAAACCGUCCUGUUUCCAUGGCCUAUAUAACUCCUUCUUUGAGUCCUCGACCAUUUUCGAAUCCAAGCUAUCGGAUCUAUACAAUGGAUGGGAACUAUUCAGGAAGUUCAUAUUGGGUAUUGGAUCAUCGUACGGUAAUUAUGAAUUUGACUGCAUCAAACAUGUACAACAGAACAAUAAUACAAGACGAAUACGAAGCACGAGAUGCCUAUCAAAUGAAGAAUUUAUUCCCAAACGAUUGGAAUGAUUUAAUUGACAGAUUAAAAAAUGAUAUUGACGGCCCAUUGAUGAGUUCCAUAUACAAACACUACACGAAAUCGUAUAAGGAUGGGAGUCAAUGUGAUCAUGAAUGUCGUCGAAAAUUAUUGUGUGAUUUCAAGACAGCUCGUUCAGAUGAUCCUCAUAUAUGCGACUCAAUCCCACCAUUCGUUGAUUCAUGA